CGGCCUGGCUGGGGGGAGCGUAAUGGCGGUGCACCGGGGACCCUCCACGAAAUGGCUCUUCACCCGGGAGCAGCUGGAGAACACGCCGUCUCGCCGCUGCGGGAUCGAGGCGGACAGAGAGCUCUCGUACCGCCAGCAAGCCGCCAACUUGAUCCAGGACAUCGGCCAGAAACUCAACGUCUCUCAACUAACCAUCAACACUGCUAUAGUAUAUAUGCACAAGUUUUAUAUGAUCCACUCCUUCACCAAAUUCCAUCGCAAUAUCAUCUCGCAGACCACGUUGUUCCUGGCCACGAAAGUUGAAGAGCAGCCCAGGAAGCUGGAGCUGGUCAUUAAAAUGGCCCAUGCCUGCAUUAACCCCCAAGAGCCUGCCCCAGACACCAAGAGCAAUGCAUUCCUGCAGCAGGGACAAGAGCUUGCGGCUCUGGAAACAAUACUGCUGCAAACACUGGGGUUUGAAAUAACAGUGGAUCAUCCACACACAGAUGUUGUGAGGUGUUGCGAGCUAGUGCGAGCAAGCAAGGACUUGGCACAGACUUCCUAUUUUAUGGCUACCAACAGGUUAUUAUCCUGUUCCCAUUCUUGCACUGUAAUGGCACACUAUAGCUUCCUGUCUUGCAGGGUCCCCCUUCCUGUGUCCAACGCCCUGUUUGCGCCUGGAUCCUGGGAACCCCCAGAGUGGGGAAGUACCAGCCAGGCUGCUGUGUGCGGUGUAUUGUACAAGGGCUCUGUGUUGGCACAUAGGGGUUGAAUGCACUAUGUGGAGUGUAGUGGUGCUGUUUACUCUCGAGGUUGUUGGGUACGGAGUGCAUAUGUCUAAAACACACUGAAAUGGUAGCCUGAAUAUAGAUUGCAUCUAAAGAUUCUUAAACUUAUAGAGUUUUUUGGUAAGUAUAGUUAAAGUUCUUUUAAAUUUUUGUAUAUUUUUGACCCCAAAAGCUUUAACAGUGAAAUAUCAAACUACUGCAAACUGAAUGUUUUAGAAUUUCAGAAAGAAAACCAUCUUCUGUUAGGUUUAUUGAGCUUGAUGCAUAAACAUGAAAUAUGAUCUUUAGAAUAAUGAAUUCCCUCAAAAUAGGGUUCCACAGAAAAACAAAUGGUGAAAAGGAAUGUGCUUCAGGUUCUGCUGUUGGACAUCAGCAGGCAACAACAGAACAGAUUUAUCAGUGUCAGAUAUUUUAAAAGUAUUAGGAAAUAUGAAUCCAGCUGCCAACGUGUCAUCAGAGCUGAUGAUGAAUAACAUCUUGCUUAUGGAACAUUGUGUUCUCAACUGAAUCUGUGGAAAUGAUAUUGGAGUUUGCUUUCAUCUCCUGUUCACGUGUAUGUUUAAAGGCUCUUAAUUUGUAAUACAGACCAUCAGCCACAACAAUAAAACCACCUGCCUGAUGUUGUGA